AUGAAGAAGCUCAACCGAACUUUGAAAGUGAUGAUGUCAAUUGGGGGUUGGGGCACGGCUCACUUGUUUGAAGCAGUGGUUGCAGAUGAUAAAAAGCUAGAGAGUUUUGUCGCAAGCUCGGUAGAGUUUGUGGAAGAAUAUGGAUUUGAUGGAGUAGAUAUUGACUGGGAGUAUCCUAAUAAUUCCAAACACGGCCAACGAUUUGUAGAUUUGUUGCGUUUGAUGCGCGAAAGACUACCACCAAGGUAUUCCUUGACAGUCGCUGCUCCGGCAGGAAUCGACAACAUCCAAUAUUUGAACGUGCAAGAGAUGGACCAGUAUUUGGGCUUUUGGAACUUGAUGUGUUAUGAUUUUGCUGGUCAGGGCUGGUCACAAAAGACGGGAUUUCAUUCCAAUCUAUUUGGGAGCAAUGGUGAUAACAAUUUAAACACAGCUGACGUUGUGCAAGCAUACCUUCUGAAAGGCGUGAUCCCAUCCAAGUUGGUGUUGGGAUGUCCAAUGUAUGGUAGGGUAUUUACCGGGGUCAGUUGCUGUAAUGUUGGGGACUCAUUUCAAAAACACGAAAGUGCCGAUUCAAAUGAUGUUAUGAACUACAACGAGAUCAGUUGCUUUCCAGAACAACGUUUUGAUGCUAGAAAAGUGGGGGCCUAUGCCUACGACCCUGAGUCUAAACGUUUGGUUACGUACGACAAUGCUGAAAGUGCAAAGAUUAAGGGUAGUUUCGUCAAGUCGAGAGCCUUAGGCGGAGGAAUGUGGUGGGAUUCUUCUGGCGACAGGGUAACAUCUCUGGAACCCUUACCCGACUCUCUAGUGACCAAUUUCGUUGAUCAGUUGGGCGGAAUUACACAAUUAGAUUGUAGUAAAAAUUGCCUACACUACCCAACAAGUAAAUACUUGAGAAGGUCAAGAUCGUGA